GCCUACGAGAAGGAGGUGUUCGCCGCAAAACAGAGUGGUGAUCAAGGUCUGUUCUUGUGUUCUCAUACCAGUCGCUUUUAUUAUUUGUUUUUUUUUUCCUUCAGAUUUCGAUAGGUUUUACCUUACUUUAAAAUCCUCCUUGCUGGGCGUUUUCUGUCCCAUUCCGGAAGCAUGCGGAGGGAAGAGAAAACGGUUUUCAGCUUACUCCAGUGCACCGGUAACCGGAUUUGCGGGAUCCGCGCCGUUUGGUUUUGCUCAUCCCACGCCACUUUACCCUUUUCCCACCAAAAUUAUACCUUUUUUUCUUUUUCUCCUCUCUUCAUUUGUUUCAAACCCCUCUUGCGCCUUUCAUGCAUGAGUGAAUUUAUCGGGUUGUACUCAUUGGGGAUGUUUUGGAAGCUAACAAUUGAAUGACAACUGGUCACAGGUCAGAAGCCCAUCAUAUACAAAUCGGACAAGGGCUGGUCCACUCCUAAGAGUGGUGGAG